AUGGUGAAGCCAAUUACCGGAAUGCUCCGAAGGGGCCUCGUUCUCGAUCUCUCAGUCGCAUUCGGUCUCGGAACAGCCUUCGGAUACGGCUGGUGGUACGGCUUCCACGUUCCAUCGGUUCGCCGCCGCGAUUUGUUCUACGCGAAGCUCGAGGACCAGCGGGCGGAGGGCCAGUAA